AUGAUAAAUUCGGAUAACGACCUAUGCGGGCAUGGGAACAAUGUGAAAUUGUUGCAGCAGAAGAACCAGCAAGCGCAAGUGGGAACGGUGUCUCAGCUUCUCGCUGGUGGAUUAGCCGGUGCUUUUGCCAAGACCUGCACUGCUCCACUGUCACGCCUCACCAUCCUUUUUCAGGUGCAAGGUAUGCAAUUUGAUGUGGCAGUGUUGAGCAACCCUAGCCUUUGGGGUGAGGCUUCACGUAUUGUCAAUGAAGAAGGAUUUAGAGCAUUUUGGAAAGGCAAUUUGGUGACGAUAGCUCAUCGUCUCCCUUAUUCUGCAGUCAACUUUUAUGCUUAUGAACGCUACAAGAAUCUAUUGCAUUUAUUUAUGGGGGAGAAACUACAAGGAAAUACCAAUGCAAAUCUCUUUGUGCACUUCGUAGGUGGUGGUUUGUCGGGCAUAACAUCUGCUACAGCUACAUAUCCUUUGGAUUUGUUGAGAACACGACUUGCAGCACAGAGAAGUUCCAUGUACUACAGGGGCAUCUCACAUGCUUUUAAAACCAUUUACAGAGAAGAAGGGUUCUUGGGUCUCUAUAAAGGACUUGGAGCUACAUUGUUGAGUGUUGGGCCCAAUAUAGCUAUAAGCUUUUCUGUUUAUGAUGGCUUACGUUUUUUUUGGCAGUCCCGAAGGCCUGAUGAUUCUACUGUCAUGGUCAGUCUUGCAUGUGGCAGUCUUUCAGGAAUUGCAUCGUCAACAGCAACAUUUCCUUUGGAUCUUGUAAGGCGCAGGAUGCAGUUGGAAGGAGCUGGUGGUCGAGCACUUGUCUAUAAUACCAGUUUAUUUGGGACAUUUAAGCACAUAGUUCGGAAUGAAGGACUACGAGGUUUGUACAGAGGCAUUUUGCCUGAGUACUACAAGGUUAUACCAAGCGUGGGCAUUGUCUUUAUGACGUAUGAGACAUUGAAGAUGUUUCUAUCAAACAUUCAAAUUUCCAGGAAGCUAGGCAAUCUUAUUAGCAGUGGCUUGCAAGGUGAUGGCUCUGCUGGUUCUUCAUCUGGUGGCAUCAAUUCACAGUUAUCUCUUUUAACACCAAUGCAGAUCGGUUUAAGUGACCAUUUUGACAUAUUCCACUCACUGGUUCAAUGUUUCUUGGUGAAGUCAGUAACACUAUUGGGUGAAGACAAGGUUGUCUGCAUCCUGAGGUUUAGAGUAGCAUUUUUGGUGUUUCUAGCCUUGGGGUGCAGAUUCUCUCUCAUCACCAAUGCAGAACAGUUUAAUCAAUAG